CAUACGUCCCAUAUUAGAAUAAUUUUUGGUAUGGCAGCACCAUGAACAUUGUCUUUUUGACAUAUUGAACUAAGUCAAACAGAAAUUCUGAAAUUCAAUUUUGAAUGAAAAAUGGCGUCUUUGCUACCUCGUUCUUUUGGCCUGGCUGAAACAAUCUUUCUGAAAAAUGGAACAAAGCUGGUGGCGGCAACAUCACAAAGCAAUCUACCAUGCAAGCAGCAGGUGCGGCACCUGAACGUGCACGAGUAUGUGAGCUACACACUGCUCAGAGACCAUGGCAUCCCCGUGCCAAAGUUCAAUGUUGCCAAGACGAAAGACGAGGCAAUCAAGUUUGCUCAAGAGCUUAACACCAAAGACAUUGUAUUGAAAGCCCAGGUACUUGCUGGAGGCAGGGGAAAGGGUGCCUUCAAAAAUGGCCUCAAAGGUGGUGUCCGAAUGGUUGACAACCCUCAAACAGCCGGAGAUAUAGUGGGCAAAAUGCUGAAGCAGUAUUUAGUGACGAAGCAGACUGGCGCGGCGGGGAGGAUCUGCAACAUGGUUAUGGUUACGGAGAGAAAAUUCCCGCGACGAGAGUUUUACGUCGCCAUCAUGAUGGAACGCAGUUUCAAUGGCCCAGUCAUCAUAGCUUCAUCGCAAGGCGGCGUGAACAUCGAGGACGUGGCGGCGGAAAACCCCGACGCCAUCACAUAUGAGCCCAUCGACAUCAAGCUAGGCAUCACUGACGAACAGGUGUCGCGGGUUGUUCAGAAGAUUGGUCUUGAUGACAACAAAGAGGCCUGUGGUAUGAUCAAGAAGAUGUAUGACCUGUUUCUUCAGAAGGAUGCACUUUUGAUUGAAAUCAACCCUUACGCUGAAGAUGCCAUAACUGGCCAAUUCUUCUGCUUGGAUGCCAAGUUCAGAUUCGACGACAACGCGCAAUACCGACAAAAAGAGCUUUUCGCGCUCAGAGACAUCAGCCAAGAAGACCCCAAAGAAAUUGAUGCGGCUAAGUUUGACUUGAACUAUAUUGCUCUUGAUGGCAGCAUCGGGUGCAUGGUGAACGGCGCGGGGCUGGCGAUGGCCACAAUGGACAUCAUCAAGCUUUACGGCGGCGACCCCGCCAACUUCCUCGACGUGGGCGGCGGCGCCACCGCGCAGGCUGUCUCGGAAGCCUUCAGGAUUAUCCUGUCAGACCCCAAGGUGACGGCCAUCUUGGUGAACAUAUUCGGAGGCAUCAUGCGAUGCGACGUCAUCGCGGAGGGAAUCAUCAACGCAGCCAAGAACCUCAACAUCCAGAUACCGGUCAUCGUACGUUUGCAGGGUACAAAAGUGAACGAGGCGCGGAAGCUGAUCGCGGACUCCGGGCUGCGCAUCGUGCCGCGCGACGACCUGGACGAGGCGGCCAAGCUGGUGGUGCAGCUGUCGGAGAUCGUGGGGCUCGCCAAGCGCGCCGGCGUCGAGGUCAAGUUCGACAUCCCCCGAUACAUGCUCGAGAAGUGAACACUGACGCCACACACGGCUCAAGUCCCCUUCACACGGCAUUAACACCGCACGUUUUUUGUAGGACAAAGUGUUCAGUGUGAAACAAUCCAUACUUCAUUAUAUAAAUGAGAAAGUAUGCCUGUCUGUCUGUCUGCUAGCUUUUCACGGCCCAACAGUUUAACAGAUUUUGAUGAAUUUGGUACAGAGUUAGCU